AUGUCUACAGCGUAUGAUUCAUGUCUAUUUAAAAAUAUUUUUGGUACCGAAGAAAUUAGGGAUGUUUUCAGUGAAGACGCCUAUAUCAAGAAUAUGAUACUAACUGAAGCUUCAUUAGCAAAAGCUGAAGGACAGUGUGAUGUUAUUCCUAACGAUAUUGGUGAUGCAAUUUACGAAUUAGGAAAAGAUUUGACUCUUAGUUCUAUUGAUAAAUCGUUACUUGGAGAACAAACCGAUGUAGUUGGGUAUUGCGUGUUACCUUUAUUAAACCAACUAACCGCUCAAUUCCCUGAAAACUUAUCCGGAUACCUUCAUUGGGGAGCAACAACUCAGGAUAUUAUGGACACCGCUUCCAUGCUACAAAUUAAAAAGGCAUUAGAGAUAGUAGAAAAUUAUUUGUCAGAUUUAAUAACAAUAUUGAAAGAUUUGGCUCAAAAACAUAAAGAUACUCCAAUGGCGGGUAGGACUCACUGGCAACAUGCUUUGCCAAUAACUUUUGGAUAUAAGUGUGCAGUUUGGCUCUCUAGUUUACAGAGAUCUUAUAAUAGGUUACAAGAAUUAAAACCAAGAUGUUUGUUGGUUCAAUUUGGCGGUGCCGCUGGAACUUUAGCAUCAUUAGGAAAUGAUCCGAAUAAAGGUUUAGAUGUGAGAGCGAAGUUAGCAAGUUUGCUAGGUUUAAAUAAUCCAUCCAUUACCUGGCAUGUAGCAAGAGAUGGUAUUGCCGAAAUAAUUAACCUUCUUGCCAUUAUUUGUGGUUCUCUAGGAAAAAUAGCACUUGAUAUUAUUGCCAUGUCAUCAAAUGAGCUUGAUGAAGUAUCCGAACCUUACAUACCUCAUAGAGGAGCAUCUUCCACUAUGCCUCAAAAAAGGAAUCCUAUUUCUUCUGAGUAUAUUUUGGCAUCAUCAAAAAUUGUUCGUGCUAAUGCCGGAUUAGUUCUUGAUGGGCUAGUUGCUGAUUUUGAAAGAGCAUCGGGCCCUUGGCAUCUCGAAUGGGUCGCUAUACCGGAAUCUUUUAUUUCCACUGUUGGUUCUUUGCAUCAAAUGAAAUUUACUUUGGACGGUUUAGAGAUUAAAGCUGAUUCUAUGUUACGUAACCUUGAAUCGACUAAAGGAUUAAUAGUUGCCGAAGCCGUAAUGAUGGGUCUUGCGCCUUUUAUUGGAAGACACGAUGCGCAUGAAAUUGUAUACAAAUGCUGUGUCAAAGCACAUGAUGGCAAGGCUGCUUUAUAUGAUAUUUUGAGAUAUGAACAAAAAAUAAUUGAUAAAGUCGACCUGAAAGUGUUGAAAGAGUUAUGUGAUCCAAUUAAUUAUUUGGGAUGUUCUUCCUCUAUGGUUGACGAUGUAUUGAAUUUGAAGUAA